AAAGCGUUCAGUUAAUUAUAUAGUUGUUAAACGAUAUCAGAUUAAUUAUUGAAUGUAACAUUGUAGUGCUUUAUAUAACAUUAAUAGGCGUUAUUUUGUAGAAUGUCCUGCUGAAGAAACUGAGAUCCUCGUGACACACUGAUAUAAAGAUGGCGUUUAUUAAAGAGGAGAGUGAAGACGUAAGGAUUGAAGAAGUGUUCAGUCUGAAACAAGAAGAGACUGAGGAACAAACAGACCUGCUGGUGCUGAAAGAGGAGAAUCAAGAUCCGAAUGAAAUAGAACAGACCGAUCAGUAUGAGAAACACCAUGAUUUAAUAACUGGUAAAAAUUCCACACAGACCAAAGCUACAUCUUUAGGAAAAAGAGCUCAGAAAACCAAAUCUACCAGCUCUUUCACCUGCCAUCACUGUGGAAAGAGUUUUGAUGAAAAACAAAAACUUCAAACGCACAGGAGAGUUCACACUGGAGAGAUACCAUUACCCUGCCAACAGUGUGGAAAAAACUUCACUCAACAAGGUGCCCUUAAAAGGCACAUGAAAACUCACACAGGAGAGAAGCCUUACACAUGCCAACAGUGUGGAAACAGUUUUACUCAGAAAGAAGCUCUUAAAAGUCACAUGAGAACUCACUCGGGAGAGAAACCAUUUACCUGCCAACAGUGUGGAAAAAGUUUCACUCAAAAAUCAAACCUUAAAAGGCACACGAGAACUCAUUCGGGAGAUAAGCCUUUCACCUGUCAACAGUGUGGAAAGAGUUUCAGUCAAAAAGUAAGAAUUCAAAGUCACAUGAAAACUCACACUGGAGAGAAACCUUACACCUGCCAUCUGUGUGGAAAGAGUUUCACACAGAAAAGCACCCUUCGUUCCCACAUGAACAUUCACACUGGAGCAAAACCUUAUACAUGUGAACAGUGCGGAAAGAGUUUCCCUGGAAAACAAAACCUUAAAAUCCACAUGAGACGUCACACUGGAGAGAAGCCUUACUCUUGCAAGUAUUGUGGGAAGAGUUUCACAAAUGCAUACUCCUGUAAAUACCACAUGAGAAUUCACACUGGACAGAAUGUGUUCACAUGUAAUCUUUGCGGAAAGAGACUCGCAACAGAAUUUAACCUUGAGUGUCACAAGCUCAGGCACACUGGAAUAAAACCCUUCGAAUGUGUUCAGUGUGGAAAGUGUUUCAGAAGUCUGAUAAGAUUUGAUUGCCACAUGAAGACUCAUUCGGCAGAGGAAUGCUGUAAAUGUGCUCAGUGUGGAAAGAGUUUCAGGAAUAAACGUAACCUCAAUGUUCAUGUUAAAAAACAACACAUUCAAGAGAAGCCUCUGGGAAGAGCUUCCCACAAAUAAUCUUAAGAUUCCCAUGAAAUACGUGUGGAAUUGCUCACACCACAGCUGAAUGUGUGCCAUAUCUGAUUAUGGCAUCUUCAUAGCCAUGUCUUUUAUUUGUAUUGUUAACUUUUUUUAAAAACUUAUCUUGAGGCUUUUUAUUUUUUUCUAUAAAUGAUUCCCUGUAUCCACACCUGUUUUCUUUUGCUAUGGUUUGAAACAUUACAGUAGACACACUCUAAUUGUGAUUGUAUGGAGACAUUGCUCUAUUCCGUUCACUGGUAACUUGGAACCAAAAUUUUACAUUUCUGUCUUACUGCAAAAUGCCACAAUGUAACUAAAUGAUUAAAAAUAAAAUGCGAACUGCAUAAUGAGCAACAAUGAGCAAA